AUGAGUAGAAGACCGUUGAGGUAUAGAUCAGCUGAUGCUCCGACUGGAGAGACUGAAGGUGAAGAUACUCGUGGAAUCAGAGGCCCAAACUCUGCGUUGACCGAGUUCUUGAGGCAGCAAGGGAUCAAUGCUGAGGAGAUUAGACAGAGACAUCUCCGAAGACUUAGAGGUCAGGAUCCAGAUGGCGAGCAGCAGGAAGAGGAACAGGAGAAUGAUGAAGAGGAACUGCAGAUAAGGAUUGCAGCUAGAAGGAAGAGAAGAGCUGCUGCUGGUAAAGACGAUAGUGAUGAAUACACUGACUCGGAAGAAGAGCCUGGCUCAGAUGUGGAUGAUGUUGUUGUACGAAGACGUCCAAGAAGAAAAGUCGUGGGUGAAGAAGAAACCUGUGCUCAAUGUUUUAGCACAUUUGUCGUUAAUGUGUACUCCAAGAUUGCAUCAACCGGAGGCUAUUUAUGUCCUGACUGUACCACUAAACAAUUAGAAAAAGAACGUGCAAUGAAGAAGAACCAACUGAUUUCAAGAAAGAAGAGACAAAAAUUGGCAGCUGCGCUAUUGGAUAGGCAAGAUGUGAAAAUUUCAACUCUACAAGAUUUGGCAAUCAAAAAAGUUAGUGAAAAGAUUGAAUAUGUUGAUCAGUUUGGUGAUAUCGGGUCUAUAAAUAUGAAAAAGAUUUCUAAAAUUCUUUGCAAGAAUAGAUCGCUUAAUGAUAAUACUUUACAAUUGUUUCUUGAUGUCAAGACUGAAAGAUUGGAAUUUUGGGAUUGUUCAAGAUUAAGUAAAGAUGCUUACGAUAAAAUUGGUUCCUAUUGUCCAAAUGUCAAAGAAUUGAAACUUUUGAUGUGCGGUAAAUUUCACAAUGAUAAUCUAAAUUAUUUCAGAACUAAUUUGAAAAACCUGACAAAGAUUGAGCUAGAUGGACCAUUUUUGAUCAACAAUCAAACUUGGAGAAGUUUUUUUGAAACUGUGGGUGAUAGGUUAACAAGUUUCAAAGUUUCAAAUACUCAUAGGUUUGAUGAUGAAACUAUGAAGACUUUAUUAGAGAAAUGUGGACCGAACAUGACUGAGUUAGGUUUAUCAAGAUUAGAUGGUAUAACUGAAAAAGAGUCAUAUGAUCUCAUGGCUGUUUAUUUAACCAAAUUGGAAAGCUUAGAGAUUUCAUAUCCUCAUCAUGAAGAUUUAGUUUCAGAUUCUGCUAUGAUAAACCUUUUGAGUAUCAAUGGAGAAUCAUUACAAACACUUGUUUUAGAUGGAUGUUCUGCUUUAACUGAUGAAUUUCUUGUCAAUGGUAUAAAGCCUUUCUGUAUCAAUCUCAGAAAAUUAUCAUUAUCCUUCUUGGAUCAAAUCACCAGCGAAGGGUUCGUUGCACUGUUCAAUGAAUGGAAUACAAAUUUUGGUUUGAACGAGGUCUAUUUGAGAAAAUGUUUUUCAUUGGGGGAUGAAGGUAUCAUAGAGUUUUUACUACAUUCAGGCCAAUCAUUAGUUGAACUAUCAAUAAAUUCCAUCAAAGAUUUAACAGUUGACACAUUUCAAAUCAUGAAAUCUCCAAAUUUGACUUACUUAGAUACUGGAUUUGUGAGGGCUGUGGAUGACGAUAUUUUGGAGUUGAUUGGUAAGAAUUGUCCUCAGUUGAGAGUAUUGGAUUGUUAUGGGAAUAAUAGAUGUACGUCGAGAGCUAAAAUUAGGGAUGGUUUGAAGGUUAUAGGUAGACAAAGUGAUAGUAUCUGAAUAGAUUGUUUUUGUUCGAAUCAAUGAAAAAGCUGUAGAAUUGUGAAACAGCAUGGACCUUACCGUACAAACUGUUUCAAUUUGGGUAAUUCAAUACCUUCAAUGGAGGUUGUAAAAGAAAUUGUUGUGUGGAUCAAGUCACUCUCUAGCUGCUCCGAAAUUUCAAGCUUUUUGAAACGGGGUUGAAACCUGUCAAGCCUAUGCUUCCAAAUGGGUUGUUAAUGAAGAAGUCCAGAUGACCAGCUUCCAAACUUUAAAUGUCAAUGUAUUAGAUCUGUAUCG